GACGCUAAGCAUGCCUGGGGACACAACCGCCUCGUUUCUCUGAACCCGACUUUGCAAAAUGUCAUGGAUAAUGAAGCAUUUGCCGCUCACCUCAAAACCGCUGGACGCCUAUUAGCCGGUUUCAAUUCCAAGAUCCAUGAUAUUAUCGUCGACGAACACCAACGCAUGGCAACAAUCAGGAUGAGCUAUUAUCUUUCAACUACAAUCUCGGAUGAGGUGGUAGAGAACGAUCUGAUAUGGACGCUAAAGUUUACAAAGCAAGGAGAGAUAAAGGGGGACCCUAAUGCGGUACUCAUUAAAGAGAGCAUUGAGUUCGUUGACGCUACGGCUAAUGCGCGUCUG